UGGCGCUGCCUACGAUCCUACAACUUUUAACUUCUCCAGUCGAGACUCGCCUCACUCACGGGACGCAUCUUCGUGCGAUCGUUCGUGCGUUUCUCCCUUCGAAUUUUUCACCAUCUAAAUUUCGUACAAGCUAUUUCAACACGAAACAAUUCUCAUCGAACGAAUAUCGAUAUCAACAAUUCUAGCUUCCCGGUGCUCGUAGUAUGAUCGUGUGGUAAUAAUGAAUUGUACGGAUAUACAGAAUCUACCAAUAAAUUGUUCGAUGAUCUAUUUAAAACGAUAUGCGUAUUUGUACAAUGGACGAUAAAUAACCGAUCAUUUACGCUGCUCCGACCCGAGUUUUAACUUUAAACAAAAAAAUGAGCUUGUAAAGCCGAUUCGUGUGUAAACAGCGCGAAUGUUUUAUUUGCGUGCUUUAUUUUUUGUGGUGGAUAAUGCGAGGAUAAAGAAUCCAUAAAUCGAGAUCACUCUAAAGUUGACGAAGAGUGCCGGAUAUAAUAAGUCAACCCCAUCUAGUGAGCGUGGAUACGAGAUACGGUUACGUCAUGGCAGACUCCCUAUCACCAAAGGCAUCGUGAUGCCGUCCGAUUCAAAUUAUUCGGGCCUGUUGUUGGUGUGGCUGGUGUUGCUCGGUGCCAUUUCACAAUCAGAUUGUUCAACGGAAAUAUUUCCGGUCUGCAAGCCCGGUGAAGAGUUUUGGUCGGUUGAAAAAGGCGCCUGCAGCCCCUGUACAGAAUGCGCCCCGGAGUUCACGUUGAGCCCUUGUGCCAUCCACAAAGACGCGAUAUGCGGUCCCCUUUCGGCCCUCGAGCUCGACUGGUCGUUCCUUUCGACGCGAAGGAAAUCUGAGGCCGGCCAACAGGACCCGGUGACCCCGAGCACGCUCUGGCGUUUCUCCGAGCCGGAGGAACAACGGCGGAAGCCAUCCGAUGUCCGGGAAAGAGAACUCGUCGAUAUUGCUCAAGAGCUUGACCGGAAAGUCGAAUUCCCAUUUGCCGACGACUUCAAGGAUACGACGAAGGACUCCCGAGCAAGAAGAACGAGCGGGGAAGCCGGAGGAAUCCCUUGGGAUUGGCAAACCGGUGCACUGGUACUCGCCGUGUGCGCUUGUAUAGUUUUUUUUCUCGUCGCUGGAUGCUCGGCCCUAGUCUACGUCAGGCAGUGGAGACGGAUGAAGAGAAACUUUGAACCAGCGGGUCUCGAAGAAAUCUCGGCAAGACUGAACCUCAUGGUGAAAGCUGAGCUGGCUGAGUUGACUGCCGGGGCACCAAUGAACCCUGGUGACCCCGAGACCAGGUGCCAGUACCUCGAAAAACUCUUAGACCGGAAACGGGAGACCCCGGUCGUCGCAGCCGGGUGGUCGGGAACCAGUGGCAACCUGUACAUCGAGGAGAGAGAAACAACACCGGGCAGCAAACGAUCACAAAUCGCUCGGAUCCAUCGCAACAUCGAGAGCAUUCUCAGCCACAAAAACACCAGUGAAAAAAACGAAUCGCAAACUACAUGAAAAUAUGCCGCGACGCUUUACAAAAGAGCGUUAUGAAACUUUCAUUUUUUUACUAUCUUUUCUUCGGCUGACAAAUUUCUUACAGUUUUUCUUAAGCGCCUUUUAAUGUCUUCUAAUCGUUUGUUCUUUUUUUUUAAAUCAAUCGCGAUAUCUCUGUCUGCGUGCGCCACUAAGUAUUUUUUCCAUUCUGUCGCUCGAGAUUCGUUAUUUUUUUUAUUCUUUCAUGUAAAUAGCCGCGCCCUAGACCGCUACCGUUUUCGAGCUUUCGGCGCAUCGAUUUUUUUUAAGGGAAACAUAUUGAGUCAUUUAUUUCGUUUUAUUUUUUAUCAGCUUAUACUAAGAAACUUACGGCAAGCCAUUCAUGACUAAUGUAAUCUUAGGGUUAAGGGAGGUGUACAAUUUUGUUGACGAGAGUUCAAAUAAUGGUGGGAGAGCUUUCGAUCUUGAAGCAUCGACCGAAUAAUUGUGUGGCGAAAAUUUUUUGGUACGGCGCAAUCAUGUAUAUUUGCAUUGAUUUUGCACCUCAAAGUCGUUGGCUAAUUGAACGAAAAUUUUAAACCUUUAUUAAUAAAUAUAACUGUUUAUUGAUAAAUCAUUCGUGAGAACAAAAUUUUCGACUCGGAGUCCCGUAACUCGAUGAAAUCUCGAAUUACGCGUGACUGCAAAACUGGCUCAAAAGAAAAAAAAAAGAAGAAGAAAAAACAAGUUGAAAAGAAAAAGAAUAUACACGUUUAUAUUUAUUUUUUAGUUUUAAUGCAAUUUGUAAUAUAAAUUUUCUGCAUCGAUACAUCGUUUUGUGAAAUAAAGAAGGAGACUGAAAGUGA